AUGGCCGGAAAUCAACAAAGAACUCUUGAGGACUAUGGGGUUCCAAUGGUAUUCGAGGAGAUAAGUGAUAUUAACCGCCCGCCUCUUCCAGAUGGUAAUUACGAAUUUUCAAGCCAAUUGAUAAGAAUGAUCAAGGAAAGACAAUUUGAAGGGAGAGGUAGUGAAUGUCCUUACACGCAUCUUGCUCACUUUGUAAAGUUGUGCAACAAUAUUAAUGAGCAUAAUGCUACUCAAGAGCAAACUCGACUUCAUCUCUUUCACUUUUCACUUGAUGGUAGAGCUUUGGCAUGGCUUGAGUCACUUCCCGCUAAUUCUGUAACAACAUGGGCGGAGGUGACUAAGGCCUUUUUGAGGAGAUUUAUUUUGGAAGAGAAGACGGUGGAGCUAAAACGUCAAAUAGCUACAUUCUCUAACCUAAAUGGUGAGACAUUGAGUGAAGCUUGGGAAAGGUUCAAGGACUUGAGACGGGCUUGCCCUCAUCAUGGUUAUGACUUGGAUACACUUUUGAGAUCUUUUUAUGAUGGCCUAAAUCCCAUAACUCGUGCUAAUCUUGAUGUAAGUGCGGGAGGGUGGCUUUUGAAAAUUAACUUGAAUGAUGUGGAAGCCACCAUUGAAGAGGUAGCAAGACAUAGUGGUUGGAGUGGUUCCGGUCAAAAACAAAAUACAAGGAGUGCUAAUAAGAUUGAUGUUGACAAUUAUGAAGCUUUGGCGUCCAAGUUGGAAGUUGUGAUGAAAAAGCUUGACAAGAUCAACUUGGCAUCGUCUUCAUCAUCAAUCCCGAUAAAUGUCAUACAACCUUGUGAAACAUGUGGAGGUUGUGAUCAUGUGGCGGCUCAAUGCAUGGCCACAUUGGAGCAAGUAGCCGCGGUAGGGGCCCGAAAUGACCCCUAUGCACCCACUUUUAAUCCUGGCUGGAAAAAUCACCCGAAUUUUGGAGUGAAUGUCAUUACCUUGAGAUUGGGUAAGACAUAUGAGGGUCCAGUUAUGAAAGAAGUUGAGGUUGAGAAGGGAAAAAGUGAAAUAGUUGUGGAGAAAAAGAUUGAAGAAGAGAAAAAGAAAGAAGUAGAGAAUGAAAAACAAAAGAGUGACAAAAAUAAGGAGGAACACGAAAAAGAAAACGGGAAAGGAGCGCCAACUCAGCAAUAUCUUACGCCAAUUCGGUUUCGACAAAAAUUUGCGACGAAAAAGUUGAAUGAUAAACUUUCUCAAUUUCUUCAACUCAUGAAGGGCAUCCAAAUCAACAUUCCAUUCUUGCAAGCUAUAAAGGAGAUGCCAGCCUAUGCAACGUUUCUAAAAGAUCUCUUGACUCAUAGAGAUAAACUUGAUGAUGCAACAGUUUUUCACCUUCCACAAAAUGUUAGUGCGAUCAUUCAAGGAAUUAUGUCGGAAAAGAAGUCUGGUCCGAGUGCUUUUCUAAUUCCGGUAAAAAUGGAAUGUGUUGAACAAAAGAGUGCUUUGGUCGAUCUUGGAGCCGGAGUGAGUUAA